UGGGAAAAAGGGGGCGCGUCCUUCUCUACGCGCUGACGUCACGCGCCGUAAAAGGCAAGAUGGCGGCCCCCAGCAGGGUGAAAAUGGUACCAAACUGUGAGUGAAGCUCUGAGAGUGGAACAGUCCUGAGAGAGAGAGAAAUACUGCACGCCCUUCCGAAGACCACGAAGAGGCAGCGCCAUGCUGGACAAGCAGGUGCUGGUGGAGUCCCUGGUAAUCUUUGCCGUGGUGUUGUGUGUCCACCGCACAGUGUGGGACCGCUUCUCCUGGUGCGCCUUGGCCCUGGCCGUGCAGGCCUUCUACGUACAGUUCAAAUGGGACCACCUCCUGCGGUUGGGCAAUGCCGUCUUCCGCUUCCGGGCGGGCGCCAACAGUGGCCUGCUCCCGGCCUGCAUGGCCGCCCCGCUGUUGGGCAUCGUGAUGAAGGAGCGUUGCGGGGCAGCCGGGAUGGUCUACUUCGAGCGCUUGGGCCUGGUGGUGGCCUCAUCCGGCAUGGCCAUCGCCCUCUUCCUCUCCGUCAUCGCCCUGGGCGUCACCAAGCCCACGCCCACCAACACCUGUGUCCUCUCUGGCGUGGCGGGAGGUCUCUUUGUCUACACCGUGAAGCACUCCUUGACUGUCUCCGAGGUCAUUGAGGUGUUGGAAGUCCUGCUCAUUUUUGUCUAUCUCAGCAUGAUCCUGCUCUACCUCCUUCCCCGGUGCUUCACCCCCGGGGAGGCCUUGCUCGUCCUCAUCGGGAUCAGCUUCGUCCUCAACCAGCUCAUCAAGCGCUCGCUCAACGCCGGCGAGAGCAAAGGCGACCCCGUUGACUUCUUCCUGAUGGUGGUGGUGGUCGGGGUGGUCCUCCUCGGGCUCUUCUUCGCCGCCCUGUUCUUCUUCAUGGACUCUGGGACAUGGGUGUCCUCCAUGUUCUUCCACAUGAUGACGGCGGUGCUGGGUUUGGGGGUCAUCAUGCCGUGGCUGUAUCGCCUCAUCAAGCGGAACCCCUUGUUUUGGUUCUACCAGUUCUUAUCCCAGACACAGAGCCGAGUUUACCUCCUGUCAUACUGGGUCCUUUUGGCCGCCUCAGCGUGUGCCGUGGUGCUGUACCAGAACGCCAAACGGGCCUCAGGCUCAAAAAAACACCAGGCGUCAACUGUGACGAGGAAGUAUUUCCAUCUCAUCGUGGUGGCGACAUACGUUCCGGGGCUCAUUUACGACCGCCAGCUGCUUUAUGUCGCCUCUGCGGUGUGCCUGGGGGUCUUCAUCCUCCUGGAAUAUGUCCGAUACUUCACCAUCAAGCCCUUUGGACACUGGCUCCGGCAUUUGCUUUCGCUCUUUCUGGAUGAGCGGGACAGCGGGCCUUUGGUCCUGACACACAUUUACCUCCUCCUGGGGAUGUCCCUCCCCGUCUGGCUCUUCCCCAGACCUUGCGCCCCCAAAGGGGCCCUGCCGGGAGCAGGAGCUUUGGCGCACUAUUCGGGGGUCCUGGCCGUCGGAGUCGGGGACUCGGUGGCUUCCGUCUGCGGCAGCACCAUGGGGGAGAUCCGGUGGCCCGGGACCAAAAAGACCUUCGAAGGGACCAUGACCUCCAUCUUCGCACAGGUCAUCGCAGUGGCCAUCAUCCUCAUUUUCGACCCGGCCGUGGACCUCAACGCCAGCUACGCCUGGAUCCUGGUCUCCAUCAGCUUGGUGUCCCUCUUGGAGGCCUACACCAGCCAAGUGGACAACCUGCUCCUGCCGCUCUACCUCCAGAUCCUAUUGAUGGCAUAGCAGUUGGGAAAUUGGAGGGUGCCAAACGUCAGGAAUCCAUUCUAUUUUCGUUUCAAAUUUCGGGUUCCCAUCCCGAAAUACUUUCGGGUCUCUGUCCCGAAAUAUUUUUGGGUCCCCAUCAUGAAAUAUUUUCGGGUCUCCAUUCUGAAAUAUUUGUGAGUCUCCGUCCCCAAAUAUUUUUGGGUCCCCAUCCCCAAAUAUUUUUGGGUCUCCAUCCCCAAAUAUUUUUGGGUCCCCAUCAUGAAAUAUUUUUGGGUUCCCAUCAUGAAAUAUUUUCAGGUCUCCAUCCCGAAAUAUUUUUGAGUCUCCGUCCCCAAAUAUUUUCGGGUCCCCG